AUGUUUUCAGACUUUAAGAACAAAGAAAUGACUUAUAAAAAGUCACUCAAUUUAUUACUAACGCUCAUCGCGGUACCGGAAGUGUUGUCAUGGACAAUAGACUUACCGGAAAUACGUAAAUAUGUCUUCGAAAAAAACGAAUUAGAAAAAAAGGAAGAAAACAAAAGAUUAAUGUACAAAAAGAUGUUUGAUGAUUUCAAUAUUGAUUCGCUAAAUCACAAUGUGGAUAAUAAAGAGAUGAAAUACGCACGAAAAUAUGGCUACCACUCGUAUAUGGAGAAGAAAGUUUCCGAAAUAGUUCACGAAGGGAGCGUUUAUCUUGAAGGUCUUCGAAGGUCAAUUGAACAGUAUGCUCUCACUCUGGAAGCCUGUAACAGAGCGAACAACGAGAGCACACCGUGGCUUCCAGCUAUUGAAUUGCCUACUGAAAUAACCGCUAAUAGCAACACCACUGACCUACCUGGCAACAUCACCAACAUACCUGGCAACAUUAGUACAGUUACCAACAAUCAAACCAAUAUUACUCCUAGUAGCAAUCUAAACGGGAACAAUACUAACUCUCGACUUAGCAACCUGACCAGCACUAGACCGGGACUAGCUGCUGCUGGGGUCCCUAGUAGCACGGCAUACAACAGUUCGGCAGGAUUCGACGUCCGCACCUUCCUAUUAGCGCUGAACGAGACCUGUCAGAGAGUGAGUCGGGCCAGCGAGCACGUGAGGCGCCUGGCAGGACUCGCCAUGUCGACCACCAGGAGGCUACAGGACUUGGCCUACGCUGAUAAGUAUCAAAAGGAUGCAGAUAAAGAAGAGAACGAAUUGAUAUUGAAACUGGCCUGGCUCUUGGAUAGAUUAGCUCAUCUCACCGGAUUCGAAGUUAAUCCCAAGGAUUUCUUAGAGGCGACGACGACUACCACCACCUCAUCUCCAUUUCCAACGUUCAUUCCCCCUGACAUAAUGCAGACGCCGGAGGAAGUAAAGAAUUAUCUCAUGAGAUGUCUCAAGAUGAAGUCUGAGGUGCCGGCCAUAGUGCGCUGCAGAUAUCCCCUCGCCAUUCCGCCCAUGGUCGCGUCACUGUACAACGUCACCGAAACCAGCGCAGAUUCCGAGUCGUCCUCGUCAACAUCAAUUCCAGAUAUUCUUGAACCGAUACCAGACGAAUCAUCUCUAGAACUUCUAAUGGCAACCGAUGACAACCCCUUAAGAGAAAUCCCAAAAUCCAUUGUCAAACGAUCUUUACACAGGAACCCUUCGCCGAAUCUGUCAGAUUUGUCAGCUGUCAAUGCGAAACGUAACGUCAGAGACAAACCAGCUCGGAAUUUUGCGAAUUUUCACCUCAAACACAAAGUCUGGGCGAACUCUGAGAUAGAAGAAGCCGCUUCGGGAGAUUUCACACGCGCCCGAAGCGUGAAAAAACGUUCGCUCGACAACGAAAGAUUCUUAUUGUAUCGUCUACUCCAAAAUCAUAGACAUGACACCGGUCUUAAUUACCACAAACACAGACCCGGAGUCAGUUAUAGCCAUAGCAAAAACGUUGUCGACAAAAUCAGAGAGCAUUUGGCGCGGAUGCGGCAGAUCAUCGACGCCAUCAAACGCCGCUCUGUUAAGAGAUCGAAACGGUCUCUCAAAUACGAGAGGAUGAGUUUGCCUCGCGUCUCCGAGGACCCUUUCCAGGACAUCAGCUUUUACGUUAAAAACAAAAGGGGUACGAAUUACCAGCGUGACGUGGCGCAGGCGGCCCGCGUGCGCGCCGGCCUGGAGCGCAUCUACCAGACCGGGAACAUCGAGGUCGUCAGGCGCUACGGGACCAACUACAACCCGCUUAUUCCCGCGCCGCUUUACGCCGGCGUUUUAAAGACAAUGGCGGAUGCUUAGCGCGAUUAAGACAAUAGAUUACUACGCUAAAUUCUCUAUUUAAAAUAAGGAGGGUAGAGGCAAGGAGAACUGUCUCUGUCUGUGAAAAAGUGUUCGUUAAAAUCUGCUAAAUAAGGGUGGCGCUACAGUAGCCACCAGGUAAAUUUUAAAAAAGGCGCUGAAAGUUAUUUGGAUAAGAUAGAGAAAUAAAAAAAGACGAAAGAAUUGUAAGCACUACAAAAUCACAAAAAGUCUUUUACUAAAAGCUGAUAAGAAAAUGCAAUCGAUGUCUGGGUUUUACCACAGCAAUAAUUUUAGGUUAUAUUGACGAAAUUAGUUUGGACUACGUAAACAUGUGAGGUCUUGUACAUGACACUGUCACUAACUACUCUAGUCAUUAAAUAUCUUAAAUUUCCUAACUCAGCAUACUUCAGUCAGUUAACAACUGCUCAAUUCAUAUCACACCCUGUGCCUAUGCUAAUACCAUUCUGGAGGAUUUUUGCACUGUUGUUUAGUGCUGAAAGUGGGACACUUUCAAGCUUCUCCCAUAUGAAAUAGUUCUCCUUACCUCCACCCUCCAUAGUUUAAGUGGCGCCCUGGAUGGCUUAGAUUCACAAACCAGCCCGGCAGAUGGCGCUGCAUACGGUAUCUACGUUAUUUUUCUAUAUUGCAACUAAACGGCUGGAUCGACUUGAAUUAAUUUUUAUGUAUGCAUUCACAGGACAACGUCUGUCGAGUCCGUUAGUUAUCUAUAUAUUGAUACGCGAAGCAAAAAAUUUGUAUCCCUUUUUACGAGCGCGGAUGGAGGAGUAUGAAAUUUCCCACACUUAUAGAGAAUAUAGAGAAGGAAUGCAGUAUGCUAUUUUUUUAAACUAUGCUUAAAAAUACAUAAAAUUCAUUAAUUAAAUACAUUACACAUACUACCAUGUAUUUGACACACACACGCAUAUACACUCUUUUACUUAUUGUUAAAGUCUGUGGUCAAAUUGAGAAUAAAUUAAUAUUGCUUAUAUUAUCUUUAAGAUUGUCUAUUAGUGUGGUCUUGACGAAAUCUAUGAUUAAAGAAUGACAAUAGAACCGUAAUAAUGUUCAAACUUAUAAUUUCAAUUAAUUAUAGUCGAAUUUCGACUACUGCGGGGACCACUAGUAAUUAUAAAUAUAAUAUGUAAUUGGUAUUAUAUAUUGUUAACGCAUCCCGCUUAUUUCUGAAGGCGGCUUGAACGGUGAGGCAGCUCUUGUACUCUUGAAUGGAGACUAAGGUCUAAUUAAGACACAAUGUGAAUUGCGUUUACGUUAUUGAUGACCAUGGACUUCUGUAACCUAUUACCAGCAAGCUGGCCGUGACCUCGUCCGUACGUGCACGCAAUAAUACCGAUAAUGUCAUAAUAUCAAAUAAAACAAAUUAUUCGCAAAAA